AUGGCCUCUGAAGAAGCAUCCGGAACAGCCCCCUCCACCUCUCUGUACCUCCCAUCGUUCGAAUACUUCCGCUCCGAGCUGGACGAACACCAUGACCGCCGGGAGAGAAUCAUCAAAGCUAGCCGGGACAUCACUGCAGCUUCCAAGAAGAUAAUCUUCACACUCCAUCGCGUCCGCCAACUGCAGGCGCCACUCCCACAGAACGUGAUCAAAGGCAAUGCCCAAUACUACGAAACCAUCUCCAAGCAAUUCGCGUCCGUCUCCGCCGACCUCCAAGGCCUGAAUGCUCAUCGCUAUGCUCGUCAGAUCAGCGGCGGAUGCCAGGAGUAUUUCGAAGCAGCCUCGUUCGAGCAUUACUUGACCAACGCCCGGAUCCUGCCGUACGAUGAAGCGGCAGCGCAGGUCAAGAAACUAGAUGCCGAGGGGCCUGGCAUCGAGCUGAGCAUGGAAGACUACAUCCUCGGAAUCUACGACAUGACUGGCGAGCUGAUGAAGUUCGCCAUUACGUUCAUGGCUACUAACCAAGCUCUGCCUGCCAUUUCUUCUCCCGCAGAGGGCGGAAAUGUUUCGCAACGCAAUCUGCUCACGGAUAUGCGGGACCUGCGUUCGGCGCUGGAGAGCUUGGAUGCCGGAUAUGGACCGUUUGCCAAGGAUGUUGAUAAGAAGGCCGAUGUGAUGCGGGCGAGUGUGGAGAAGGUUGAGAAGGCGCUGUAUGGGUUGACCGUGAGAGGGGCUGAGAGGCCGAAGGGGUGGAUGCCUGACGUAGAGGCUGGACGUGCUUUGGAGGUGGAGGGCUGA